UAAUCUUUAUUAUCAUUGGCGAUCAAUCACAACCAAUAGUGAUUAAUUAAAUUUACUGGAUAUGAAGCAUAUUUGGAAGAAAAUAUACCAUAUGUGCAUCAUUUAAGUGUUUGGUGGAAACCACUAAUCUAAUCUGAGUUGUUCCGAAAUAUCCAAGCUUAUUGCUACUAGUGCCGGUGAAGAUGUCCAGAUACUUGGUUUUUUUAAUUCUGUGCUUAACUACCAUUAAAAAUGGUUUCUGUUUGAAAUGUUACGCAUCUAACUACACAAAACAGUCAGUCAAAAUACAAGAUAUUAAACAUGAAUUAAAAGAAUGCCAAGAUGUGUUAAACGAGAUCAGGAAAAAGCAAGGACUUCCAGCAAGAAACAUCACUAUUGAGUUAUGCUGUUACACUGUCACUGCAACAGGCCUUAAUGGAGCGUUAACAGGCUGUUUUCCCAAAAACGGCUGCCAAGAGAUGAAACCUAGUUUUAAAAAAAUGUUCAAGCCACCCCCAGAAGCUGUGUAUUGUACAGAGUGCGAAGAAGACGGAUGCAACGCAGUGACAUACAGAUCGGUUAAAUUAAGUGACAGUUCAUCCGCAGAAAAUGUGUUGGUUAGUUUGGUGGCUUCAUUUGUAUUUGUUGCGCCUUUAAUACUACAAUAUUACGAAAUUUGAGUGGUGGAUCAAAAUCAAGCUUUCGUCAAUGAAUGGUUUUAUCGUUUAUGAAGUGGGUGUUGUAAAUUACAAGAGUUACUUAAUUAAAUUAUUAUUUUAUAGAUCGCGUUGAUAACAUUGAAAGUACUGAGAAUUAUCCACGUAUAAGUAGCUUUCGGUUAUAAUCUAGAUGAUGAAUUAAGUGGUUUGUAAUAGUGGUGAUUCAUUAAUUUGAAAACAAUUAAUUGUAAAACAACACUGUGUUAUUAUUCAUGACGACUUAAUUGCUAAAUAUUUAACAACUGAAUCAUUCGCAUACUAAAGAUUAUGUAAAAUUGUAAAAGAUUUUUAUUAAUUAAUUACACACUAAUUCCUUCCUAAACAAUAUAAAAAAUAGAUAACGUACUGAACUUUGUCAGAGUUAUUUUAAGAUUUUAUAUUUUAGUCUAGCAAUUAAUUACAUUUCGUUUAUUUUGAUAAGCUGACGGCUCAUUACUCUAAAGCAUAAUAAUCGGUGGUUAUAAACCUACAACUCUAAUUGUCUGGACGAAUUUAGAUAGUGAGCAUUCUUAAAUGAUGUGCAAUAUUCUUGUUCUACUAAAUUAAGCUUUUCAGAAUAAAUCAGGUGUAAAAACCUAUGUUCCUAGAAAAUAAUAUUUUCAGUAAUUAUAUUAACUUAUUUUCAUUCCAAGUGUAAAUAAUUAUUUGAUUUUUGUAUGUACAUAAAACUGUAAACUGAAAUACUGUACGCCUCGUUAAAAUAUUGAAUACUUCUAAAAUAAAAAAUACGCAGACUGACAAU